AUGCAGUGGAAGACCUUCCUUUUCCUCGUCGCCGCCAAUGUAGCGCUGGCACGCAUGCAAGGCCACGAGCGACGCCACGACACCCACAAACAUGCCCACCAUGCCUCGGAGGUAGGAAACCUCGAGGCGUGCGGGAGGACUGAGGUAGUGAUCAAUGUCAAAACCGUCACUGUCUACACGACCAUAUCCGGGGAUCCGCCUGCAGAGCCCACUACAACCUCCAUCCCGACAACCACCGAGCCGGCCCCAGCGCCAACGACAACAACACCCACCCAGCCAGAGCACCCUGAAACCAACCCCAAGCCGGAUCAAGCCCCCAAGCCAAGCCCUGACUGGAAAGAACUCCCCCCAAACGACAAUUUCACCACCGCCGGCUUCGGCGCCCGCACAAUCGACACAAGCGGAAGCCGCGUAACCUACCGCGGCAACAUCGGUGACCCAUGGGGCAGCAACAUAAUCAGGAUCCCUGCCACAUCAGCCUUCAACUAUAAAUACGUGCUCAAAAUGACACGCGGCAGCGACAGCCCCAAGCCCUGGACAGUAGUCUUCUGGAACAAAGUCGGGCCCUCAGGCCAACUAGACGGGUGGUACGGGCACUCAGCGCUAACAUUCACACUGGAGGCACACGAGUCCGCAUACGUUGCGUUCGACGAGAACAGCCAGGGAGCGUGGGGCGCUGCGGAAGGCACUCAACUACCGAAGGACAAAUUCGGCGGGUAUAGCUGCACCUGGGGCGAGUUCGAUUUCGGGAAUGCGGAGAACGGGGGGUGGAGUGGGUGGGAUGUUAGUGCGAUUCAGGCGCAGGAGGCGGGGCAGAUGGUUCAGGGGAUGAGGAUCUGUGAUCAUGCUGGGAAGAGGUGUAGUUAUCUUACUGAGGGGGCGAGGGAGGUGGUUAAUGCUUAUACGAAGGGGAAGAAGUUGGUGGAUGGGUUGGGGGGGAAUGGGCCUGGGGGGGCGGUUAGGUUGGAGGUGCUUGUUGAUUAUAGGGAAUAA